GGCUCGCCGCCAGCCCUGAGCUCACUCAGUCGACGCACUGAAGGCACGAACAGCGGACCCGACCUCCCCAGCGCGGCGGUCCCAACUCACACCUCCAAGUGCCGAGCGCGCUGUCCCACGGAGGCGAGGGAGCGCGGGCUGCCCGGCUGGACGCGCGCAGCGCCGCGGGUCCCACGGAACCGGGCGCGGGAACAGCUCUGAGGUGAAAAAACGUGGUGUAUUUUCAAAUAUUUGGAGCAUUUGGAAGGAAACCAGACAUGUCCUUGGAUGAUAUUAAGAUGAAAUCCAGUGACUUCCUGGAGACGGAGCCUCUAGACAGCGGGGGCUUCGGACAGGUGUCUUUGUGUUUACACAGAUCCCAUGGACUCGUAAUACUGAAAAAGGUGUACACAGGGCCGAAGUGCAUGGAGUACAACGAGUCCCUCCUGGAGGAGGGCAAGAUGAUGCACAGGCUGAGACAUGAGCGGGUGGUGAAGCUACUGGGUAUCAUCAUGGAGGAGGGCAACUAUUGCCUCGUGAUGGAGUACAUGGAAAAAGGCAACCUGAUGCACGUGCUGAAAGCUGAGAUCAGUAUCCCCCUUUCUGUAAAAGGAAGGAUAAUUCUGGAGACCAUUGAAGGAAUGUGCUAUUUACAUGGAGAAGGUGUAAUACACAAGGACCUAAAGCCUGAAAAUAUCCUCGUUGACAACGACUUUCACAUUAAGAUAGCUGAUCUUGGCGUUGCUUCCUUCAAGACUUGGAGUAAGCUGACUAAAGAGGAACAUAAUGAGCAGCGAAAAAUGAAUAGUCUCUCUAAGAAAAACGGCGGCACCCUCUACUACAUGGCCCCUGAGCACCUGAAUGACAUCAAUGCCAGGCCUUCGGAGAAGUCAGAUGUGUACAGCUUUGCCAUAGUCCUUUGGGCAAUAUUUGCAAAUAAGGAGCCAUAUGAAAAUGCUCUCUCUGAGCAGCAGUUGGUAAUGUGCAUUAAAUCUGGGAACAGGCCAGAUGAGGGGGACAUCAUUCAGUACUGCCCAAAGGAGAUCAUCAGCCUCAUGAAGCAGUGCUGGGAGGCAGAUCCAGAAUUACGGCCAACAUUUGCUGGCAUUGAAGAAAAAUUUAGACCUUUUUAUUUACAUCAGUUAAAAGAAGAUAUAGAGGAGGAUGUGAAGAGUUUAAAGAAAGAGUAUCCUGGCCAAAAUGAAAUUGUGAAGAGAAUGCAGUCUCUCCAAAUGGAUUGUGUAGCAAUACCUCCAAGCAGGUCAAAUUCAGCCACAGAACAGCCCGGUUCACUGCAUAGUUCACAGGGACUUGGGAUGGGUCCUGUGGAAGAGUCCUGGUUUGCUCCCUCUCCGGAGCACCAGCAGGAGGAGAAUGACAGGCUGCAGAGUAAACUCCAGGAGGAAGCCAACUACCAUCUUUUUGGCAGCCGCAUGGACAAGCAAACAAAACAUCAACCCAGACAAAAUGCAGUUUACAAUAGAGAAGAGGAAAGGAGACGAAGGGUCUCCCAUGACCCUUUUGCACAGCCAAGACCUUAUCAGAACCCGGGGGCAAAAGACCUUGCUUCUUCAAAUACAACCGGUCAUGGUAGUGAAGUACACCAACCAAUUGGACUGACCAGCCAAACUCAAGGACUACACUGGAACAAUGGAUCAUAUAAUCCACAUGGUUUUAGAACAAGAUCACUAGAUCUGGGAACAGCAGGUUCCAGAGUUUGUUAUGGGCCAAAUCUAAGCCACAUGCCAAGCCUGCAUAAAACUCCAGUACCUGAGACCAACCUACUGGGAAACACACCCACCAUUCCAUUCGUCUCCCUGUCAUCAACAGGCCAAAGACUGCCAUUUGUGAUGAAAACCGCAUUGUUGGGCUGCCUUCACCAUCAGCCAUUUUCAGAACUCUUUUCACCUUCCCAGGCUGAAACUCUGUACUCGUCAGACAGUGAGUCUCUAAAAUGUUCCAUAUAUAACAGUACUGGCAUUCAGAUUGGAGACAAGAAUUAUAUGGAAGUUGGUGGAGUGAGUUCACCAUUACUGAACAGCAUGUACAUGAACGAGCCUGCUUCUAAGUACCAAGAUAUCUUUGAUAAUACCACUAGUCUGACUGAUAAACACCUGGACCCAGUCAGGGAAAAUCUAGGAAAGAGCUGGAAAAGGUGUGCACGGAAACUGGGCUUCACUGAAUCUCAGAUUGAUGAAAUUGACCAUGACUAUGAGCGAGAUGGAUUAAAAGAAAAGGUUUACCAGAUGCUCCAAAAGUGGCUGAUGAGAGAAGGCAAUAAGGGGGCCACAGUGGGAAAACUGGCCUUUGCACUCCACCAGUGUUCAAGACUAGACCUUCUGAACAACUUGAAAUAUAUCAGCCAGAACUAACUCUAAAAGGAGCUUUGGCAGCAAUAAGUAAACUCCUCACUUAGUGAGUAAUCCACUGAAAAUGUGCUGCCUCAGAUCAUCCAGAAUUCUUUCCUCAUCGGUAUGGAUCCUGUACCUGCAUAAAAAUCAUGUUCUGCAUUUCACAGUUAGACAAUGGGAAAGAAGUCUACAGCAAACAACCCGCUACACAGGAAGCCUUAUUAAUGGCCAAGCCUCAAUGAAAAGAAGAAGCCUAAGUGGGUUUGAAAAGGAAAGAAAAGAUAUUUGAGGAAGAUCAUUUUCUUUUACUUUAUCCCAUAACCUUCAGUUCUGCUAUUCAUUCCGUUUUCUGGAAUUUUGUUUGAGCGACAAAAGAAAUUUCAGAAAAUGUAAACUAAAUCAGCUUUCUUAUUUUGUGCUCUUUUUUCCACAUAGGCUUCUGUUAUAACCAAAGUACAGAAAAAUUCUAAGUUCUCUUCAAAUACUAUGAUGUUUUUUGGUAUUACAACCACAGUUCAUUCCAAAAUUAUACGUUCCGUUACUUCAGUAUCAAAUUCUGUAUCAGUCAUUACAGGCUUCAAGAACUGCACGCAAUCUCCAUAAAUUAACUGAAGGGACUUUAUGAUGUACUAAGAAGGGGGGAAAAACAAAAAAGCACAAUUUCCCAGGCAGUCAUUGCAAGAAAUUGCUACUAAUUGUGACAAUUACAAAAAGUCUUGAUUAAGUUUUUCAGUUCCUCCCUAGUGUUCUGGCACUUUAGGCACUUUCCCAACCUGUUGCCCCGCAGAGGGAGCAGGUGUGCGAGGAAUGUUAUCUUCACCUCGGCUGUGACUGGAGCCUUGGGGCUGAUCACUGUUGAACAUCUCUCCAGUUUACCCCCAGGUGCUGUAUAAAUAUUUUAAUUUUUUUCUGUGAGCUACAAUGUAGAAAAAAGGCCAGCUUCAGAAUCUGGUAAUUGUGCUUCUAGCACUCAACCUUUCAAAGCCCACAUAAAACUCAGGAAUGAAUGAAGAAUCUGGAAGACUGAAGCCAACUGGGCCACCCAGGAUCACUGUCAGAACUUUGCUAACCAGAAAGGGUAUGCCAUGGAGGAAAGGAGAGGGGUGCGGACUGACCAAUCUGGCUGUCUGAACAGAUUCUAGUGCCGGGUGGGUUGAUAACAGAAUUGUUCAUUCUGAUUCUAAUCCUCCUCCAGCUCAACCCAGCAGAUAAACACACACACCUGAAGUGGGACUGUAAAGAGUUUCUCAGCCUCGGCACUAUUGGCACCUUGGGCUGGAUAAUUCUUUGUUGUGGGGAACUGUCCUAUGCAUUGUUGGAUGUUUGAAAACAACUCUGGUCUCUACCCACUAGAUGGCAGUAGCACUGUUCUCCCUCUCUUCCCAUCCCCAGUUGUUACAAAGAUGUCUCUAGGCAUUGCCAGAUGUUCCCUGGAAAAGCAAAAUUGCACCAGCUGAGAAGAACACUGUUACAAAGUAAUGAACCUCAAUUUUCUUACCAACACAUACACAGGCUCACUCUUUAGUUGCCACACAGCUCUGAUCACAAAGACCAAAAGCAAAACUAAAGGGGGAAAGGGUCCCAGGCUUUGCUAGUGGGAGUUGGAUGCUUCUUUUCUAAAUGUAUCCCUUGUACCUUGUCUUAACAGUGUUCUAAAAUCUUUAACUUCCAAAGAGAUUGAAUGAUCCAUAAUAAGGGGCAAAAAUGAAAAGUAUUCUGACUCUUCAAAAAUAAAAUUUUGUACCUUAAAUACAA